UUUCAAUGUGGAUGUGUCGGUACCGAAAAGGGAGCAGUUUACGCGUUCACUGUUGCAGACAUAUCCCUUGCGAUGCCAACGACCCGGCCCAACCGACCACCCAACGGCGUACGCGCAUCGAUUUGAGUGAAAUAAUGACCACCCAUCAAGACAAUGAUUUCGUAGCUUUGUUCAAUAUUAUGUGUCACCUCCGUGUCGUGUGCUAAACAGCUUCGCCGGUAAACCGCCUUCACAGAGAAGAAUGGCUCAUGAUUUUUUCUUUAUUUUUUCGGAAUUCUUCUGAAACCUCGGUAACAUUGAUCUGAACGAAACCAGCGUAUCCGUUGUCUGUGUAUUAUUCAAUCUCAGGCUGCCAUCCCGUAGCAAACACCCCGGCGAAAGCCAUCUAGGCCACGUCUCGUGCCCGCAUGUCUCUUGCCACACAGCUGUGUGCGCUACACACAUCCGUACACAUGUCGGACGUGCAGCUGCGCGUCGCAAGAUUGUUGUGCAUGCGCCGCACCGCACGCGGGCACGUGUAUAGCCGUGACGGAGAUGGACCGCAUAAUUGUUUGUUUGGCCGCUGUUGCUCACACGAUGAAGAAUGGCCUCCCGACCGCUUGCUAACAUCACCAUCGCGCGGACAUUUACAGUUGUACGUGCCUACAUAGAGCUGGAAGAGCGGAGGGAGGAGGGGUCCUGCCGGCUCUGUCUAUAUACGUGAAAACGGGGUUCCCGUUAGGCGAGCGAGGCGGGGCACGCUGCCCGCCCGGCCGGCACUUUUUGCGCAUUUGGCGGCGUCGGUGGUAGGAGAGUUCGCGCGCGCCGGCCGUGGUGGUUGCGUGCGCGGCUCGGCGGAGUGGCGAAGCCGGCCGGCCCUCGAGGAGAACGUGCUGCACUCGGCGGAGGAGGAAGAGGCGCCCCCCCGUUAGAUGAAGAGCGUCAACGUUGUCGGCGUCUGCUGGGUGCUGUGCGCGUUCAGGCUGCUCUUGCUGCGCGUCGACGACGCUUACCGGCCGACUCCGCAGAGAUGCACCUGUUGCUGCAAGGAGGACAUUGAGAGUGGUUUUGGUGACAGUGCCAGGACCAAUGGAGCUAAACAUGCCAGUCAUGCUGCUGUUUCUGCAUCAGAGUCUGAGGCUCCAACUCAGGAGUUUCCUGAGCAUUCCAAUGACUUUCAAUUUGUUCGACCACAGAAGGCAAAUGAGCUACCUGUAUCACCUACCAUGGAGGUUAUAGCACAAAGUAUAGGUUUAGGUUCUACAUCUUCAAAUGAAAACCCAGAGCAAGAGGGACAGCAAAGUUCCCUGCCAAAUGCAAAUAUUGUUUCUGCUGAUAAUGAGAAACCAAGGGAAGCAACGUAUAUUUUAGAAAAUGACCAAGCACCUUUAGCGUAUAGUGCUAAUCAAGCUCCUGAUCAGACCAAUGACACAGAGCAUGUGAAAGCCGUGACAUUGGACUCUAUCGCUGAUACUGAUAGAAAUACUGUGGAACCAGUCUUGCCAGGAGCCAAGCAAUAUCAGGCAUCACAGAGCCCAGAUAACACUAAUACAAGGGAACCCAUAGAACUGGAAGAAGAAAGCUCUGUACCGGCCUCUACACCUGCAGCAGUGGAGACAAACGAGCUGCCUGACAACAUGCUGAAGAAAGAAGGGGACGAAAGUAGUGACCAUGAUCGCAAGGAGUCUUCAGAAAAAAUGCCCACUUUUGUGGAAUGGAAGCAGAAGAUGUUGGCAGAGCAUGAGAAAGGUGGGGAACAACUACCUGAAGUACGAAGUAGUCCACCUAAGAAAAAGCCAACCGGGAGCAAGAGCCGGCGUAACUAUGCCUCCUACGAAUGCGGUGCCAAGGUGCUUGCAACCAAUGCAGAAGCUGAUGGAGCAGGACGUGUCCUUAGUGAGCAGAUGGAUGAGUACAUGCUCAACCCAUGCAAAGCCAAGAUUUGGUUCGUCAUAGAGCUGUGUGAAAUGAUCCAAGUUUCUCAGGUUGACAUAGCCAAUUUUGAGCUGUUCUCUUCGAUGCCUAAAGAGUUUGCAGUGCUGAUGAGUGACAGGUAUCCUACAAGGGACUGGACUCCACUUGGCAUUUUCACAGCACUUGACCAGAAAGUGGUCCAGAGCUUUGAGCUCCAUUCAGAAGCGUAUGGAAAAUACAUCAAGGUUGAGUUGCUGAGCCGUUAUGGAUCGGAGCACUACUGCCCUCUGAGCCUGGUGCGUGUUUUUGGUACAUCUAUGAUUGACGACUAUGAGCAGCUGGUUGAGAAGCCUCGGGAUCCUAGUGCUCAGGACGAUGAUGAAGAAGAAGCUUCAACUGAACGGUCUGCUUCCAAGAAUGUUGUGGACAGGGCGAAAGACGUCGUGAUCAGCCUCUUUAAAGUGCUCAGGAGAGACCAGGAAGGAGAAGGUGUGGAUUCUGUGGCAAGUGCUCCCUGCAAGGAUUUACAUGCAAACUGCAGUGUUGUGAAUGCGUCUCGCCAAGCACAGAAUGCAACUGCUAGACGCCUUGGCUGCCAACAAAACAGAAGUCGCCAAUUUUUUGGGUCGGUGUUUCAGCCAUGCACCAUGUGCUCGUUGUUUGUGGGCCAGUCAAAAGUCACUCAGACUCUUAGUGAAACCAUUGCCUGCCGGUUUCUCCGUACCGCUCUGUCUCUAGAGGAUGACUGCCCCAUAGAUGAGCCUAAUGAAGAAAGAGACCCCAGUAAGAGCACUGGGAGCUUUAGUGACGUGCCCCAGGAGACAGACAGCAGCUCUGAUUUGACAGCAGCAAGUUCCUCUUCUGAAAUGACUACGGUGCCAGUCCCAAUCCAAUCGUCGUCCACAUUUUCUGCGAAUGCCACAUCUGAAGUGGAACAAUCAAAAUCUGUUGCUUUGCCCAGUAGUGACACUGAACAGCCAGAAAGCAUGAAAGCUUCCUCUAGUCCUAUGAGUGCAACAGCAGCCUCUAGUGUCGAGGCAAGUACCAGUGUUGACCAUAAGAGCCACUAUGACAAUGAAACAGAGUCAGAAAACUUGGGCAGUGCAUCUGAACCAUCUCACAGGGAGAGCACAACACUGCAUACUUCUACAGCUUCUACAACUCUUCAGAGUAGCUCUCAAGCAUCUGAUUCUACAACAGAUUCGGUGACAGCGACUCCAAUAAUAAUGGAUGUACCCACAUCGGUGAAGACGAGUCCUUCAAGCACAUCAACUGCUGGUGCAGAGAUUGCAUCUCCUGUGGUGGACUCUGCAUUGCCAAAUAGUGUAACAACUGUUUUAGGAGUGCCACCUACGAGUGAAGUGGACAGUGGUGUCUUGGUCGUGGGACCGGAGACGGAUGGUGGCAGUGUAGUUGCCACGGUACCUUUGCCUCUGGAUGAACUCGUCCACGAUGCUGAUUUGCAGCUGAGGGAAGCAGGUGUUCGUGCUCCUCCCCCCGAAGCAGGCGCCUUAGCUCUAAGCAAUCAGCGAGAAUCUGUGUUCAUGCGCAUCAACAACCGCAUCAAAGCUCUUGAACUGAAUAUGUCCCUGAGUGGACAGUACCUGGAAGAGCUGAGUCGCCGUUACCGGCAUCAGAUGGACGACAUGCAGCGGGCCUUCAAUCGCACUGUCAAUGCACUCAACAAGACUGCUCAGAAGGCUGCUGAGAAGGACCUUCGUCAGCAAGAGACCUUGGUGCAGCUUCAGCAGCAGCUGGACAAUCUGACUCAAGUAGUAAAUACUCUGCUAGCAGAGCGCCAAACACUGAGCAAGCAGAUCUUCGAGAGCCACAUUUGCCUGAUCCUGAUUGAGGCCAUCAUCUUGGCUACGGUGUUCUCAUUGUGCCUGCGCCGCAUACGUACCUCACCAGCCAUGCUGGCGCAGCAGGAGAGUGCAGUCCGGCCCCUGACCCCUGGCCGCCUGGUACUGAAGCGACGCACAGCAUCUGUCGGCCAUGAGGAGCGCAUUGAGGAACUUGCCACUGUGGCAGAGAAGAAGCAGAGGCCUAGUAAUGAAGACUUAGGCACAAACAACAGCUUUGUCAUUGUGGAACCUACAAUGCCCAUUGUUGUGGAAGCCCCACCAGCUCCAAAGGAAAAGGCCAAGAAAGUGAACAAGCAGAAAAAGCACAAGGGACCCCGACGCAAGACUUCAUUGCCAUGCUACCCUUCAUCGAAGACAGAAACAGGCAGCAGAGCAAAGGAGUCUUGCAUUCCAGAAAGCAACGCUGGAGUUCUGUUUAGUAGCAAGGAUGCACCAAGAAACACACCACCAGUGCCGAAAACAGCUGGAGCACGUACACCAGUGGUUGCAGUGGCAAAGGGCAUAGGAACAGGCACUUCCAAGUUCCAGAGAGGUGCUGAGAGUAAGGGUGGCCAGAAUGGGACACUGAAGAACACCAGCACAUUGCAGCCAGCAGACUGCAUACGGUGGAGUGGCCAGAGUUGUUGUGACAAGGAUGAUCGUCUAGGGCUUAAGUUCCUGAGGCUACCCGGGAAGACCCCCGUCUAGUCAGAAAUCAGGCAAGAAACGGGACUGAAGGAUUCAGUGAGUGUGGGGGUGCGUGAUGUGUGCACAACCAAAGCACUGGCGUGCCAGGUUCGUUUAUUUAUUUUUUAAGGCAGUGUUGCAGCCAACUCUUAGGAACGAAGUUUUAUUGUAUGUGUGUGUGUGUUGUGUGUGUGCAAGCGUACAUUGUUUUUACCUUGUUCUACUGCUAUUAAAUAUUUGUUCCUUUGA